UCUGUUUGAAAAGAAGGAAGGACACUCCUACAACGAUUGCAUUCGGUUUGGAGCAUAUAAGCAUCUCUAUUGUUUAGAAUGAGAACUCUAAACAUGAAGCGCAUUUAAAAGCAGAGGAAAAAGGUUUUACUUAAGGUCGCUUUAGACCUUCUGUGAAAGUGAAAGAGAAAUUUUGAGUUUUUCUGCCAUAUUUCAAUAAAUUAUUAUCAGAAUAUGGUUUAUCGUACACCAAAAGAGAGGAUAUUCCAUUCCCCAACUAUUAUUUGUGUGUAAAACAUAUUGAAAUAAUGAAUAAAAUACAUUUCCUUGUGAUUCCCCGUAGACCAUUACCAUUUACCGUGAACAAAGUGGGGAAUCAUAAGUAUUUAUUAAUUAUUAAUUCAAUAUUCGGUUUAUAGUCUAGAUGCAAAUGAAUAUCCUUUCUUUUCCGUGUACGAUAAGCGAUAUUUUGAUAAUAAUUUAUUGAAAUAUAGCAGAAAAUCCCGAAAUUUCACGUUCAAUUUCACUGGGGCUCUAGCGCGGGCUUUAAAUGGAAGACAAAAAGGUGUAAUAUCCAUAGAUCUCGAGAAGAAACUUAAAGCAGUUAAUCAGAUUAAUCAGACAAAUUGAUGAGCGUAAGCUAUAUACAGGCAUAUAUAAAGCUAGAGGUAGGCCAAGACUGCAAAGCGGUUGUAGCGCCGGAUAAGUAAGUAAGUAAGUAAGAAAGCUUAUUUUGAAUACGCAUGUUUGUGCACCUUUAUGAGGGCUUCAAAGCUUUUAAUCGAGUAUAAGCUCGCUCUACUUGUAAUUACAAGCUAGUAUCUGUUGCUGUUCAAAGACUCUCAUUGUCCGCAAAUCAUUGUCCAUUAGAGUUGUUGAGUUGAGCAGUGGUCCCGUGGUACAGUCCGCGACUAGCAUGACUUAAAAACGUGCCCAUUAACGUGGGAACGUGGGCUCAAGCCUAGAAUGGACUGUCCCUUCUUUGGCUUGCUCUAUUCUUUUAGUCCUUAAUCUUCUGUGUUUAACAAUUUGUGCUAAUAUGCCGAAAAUAUACAUUACGAUUUAAUAAAUCCUUGUUCCGAAAGAUCAUAUGAUUAUUUGCAAAAGAUCUAGGUUUAUGGAUGUCUAGACGUCUACCCAUACUUGCAGCUUGCUGAACUCAAAAUUGUAAUUCAAAACAGACAUGUUAUAGGCUUUUAAAGAAAAAAUAUCUACCAAACAUAUAAAUGUCUCAAUGUCGAUUAGAAAUUUGAUUUAAUGAAUCAUUCAUACAACGCAUUAUAUCGUCUACUGAUCCUGAUGCGAGUCAAUUAUAUGCUUUUGUAUCGGUUUAUUGAAAUGAGAUAUUCACUCAAUUAAAUUAAAAACCAAUGCCUUGAAGCUCACAAAAUGUAAAGCCUUAUAAAACUGUUGGCAAUUCCUUGUAUAUUAACGAUGCUAUUGAAUCUAUUCCAAAACACGUUUAUGAUGCGGUUUAAAGCCACUGAAACCACCGUUCCAACAGCAACCAGUUUCGUCACACACCUAAACGCCCAGACAAUGCCAACUAUCCCUAUCGAACGGUCAUCGAUACAUCCUGCCAGCAGACCGUGAAAUCUGGCCCAACAACUUAGUUGGAAGUAGAAUGAAAGGAGGACCACAAACAAAAAAUAGCUCCUUUCAGUGCGUUUAGAGAAGCGAUUUAAAUUUUAAACAUCUGAAUGAAGGAAGGCGAACAAAACCCGUUAACCAACAGACUAGAACGACUAGGAAUCGAAUCGAAAGCAUUAUUAGAGGAAGCAUUCGCCGGCCCCCUUGCAUUCCCACAAAGCGUAGCAGUGAGCAGUUUCCCCGUUUUGGAGGUCAUGACAUCGGAGUUCCCAUCCGCAGCAUCCUCUCUGCAGUCGCCAUCCGGUUCCGGUAAACGGUUGCAGGAGUAUGAGAUGUAUUGGUCGCUCUCUCUUUCUCAUUCAUGUCCUUUCGUGCUUUGGUCAGUUCUGGGGGUCCGGUUUGUCCGGCCGCUUGGUCAGCCCAGGACAACGCGACGUCCAGCUUCCAGGAGAAGACUCUUUUCGGCAAGACUACGGGCGCACCGAAAAAGCGAACCGGUUUCGGAUGCUGCUGCUGUUUUGGCGUAAUCUGAACGAAACGGCUUGAAAAAUGCACCAACGACACUCUGGGAGUAGGAAGAGGGAUGCUGGACGCGAGUGAAUUUUCGACGCUAACCAGUUGGACCAGUUUCGUCGUGUUGUCGUCGUCGUGUUUUUGGACAAGCUUUUCGCUUGAUGUCCUGGCAGAGACGGAACAACAGCUAGCCCGCCAAAAAACCCGUGUAGCAUUCCAUCGAUUAGGAGGUUGCAACGACAGCUGUUGGCUGUUCUAUUUUUGGAGCUCCAACACGUUUCAGCUCGCAAACUGUCAAGAUCAAAGCAGCCCACGGGCAGCCGACAUUUUGUAACGUAACAGGCCCUUUUCUUAGGACGUCCCAUUUCAUUGGGACGAAGAACCUCCUCUGGAGCACGCGGUACAAGGACCUUUUCGGUACGGAAAUACGGCAGGCAGGUAGCGCACAGGCGGCACAAGGUAAGUGACGUAUGCAAAAAAAAGGAAAAAAGGUCCAAAGUCGAAAAACGAACAAAUUCCAUCCUCUUCCAUUCCGUCUCGUUCUCGCGCUCAUUUGCAUCCUGCCAUUCUCUCACGCGUUCGAUUGCGCUCAACACACCCGUGCUCAAAGUGUGUGAGACACCGGGAGAAUGUGUGUGCGAGCGCUUGCUUUGAUUGUGUUAAUGUGCCACGUGCUCGGAAAAUUGCGCAACUGGUAUUUUUUUGUUGCGUAUAUUUUUUUCUUCUAUAUUUGCAAACACGCGCGCUCGCGCACACAGACACAUAGGAAGGUGUGUUAUUUGGAGUUGAUAUAUAUAUGUGUGAGUGUGUGGGCUCGUUUCAUUUCGGGAAAGGCAUUGCAAUGGCAGGACAUUUGGCGUUUGGAAAAAGAGUUUCAGUUGACGGCUUUUAGCGUAGAUGGCGAUUGAAGAAUGAUAUAUUGUUUCAACAUUUAAAUGUAUUUUCAAUUUACUGUUAAAAUUUAUAUAUUUUUGUACGAUUUUGGGAACAAGUUUGUAAAUUCUUUUGCAUUUUUUUGAUUGUAAAAUAUUUGUUUAUCAAGAAAAAAGGGUUUCAAAAGUGCUACAUCAACAUUUUACAGUAUUGAAAUCAAUUUAAAUCAAUUUAAAUGCUUUUUUAUUAAUUAAAAACUCAUUUUCCAACAGCAAAACUUCAAACUUCAUCUCUUUAAGGGCCAAUAUGCUUUAAACAGAACGCAAAACGCAUAACUCUUUUACACGCUUGUAAAUUUCUUUAGCCCUAUUCCACCCCAUUGCCCAUGUCCUUUACCGUCCAAUCAGCAAGCGGUCAGUCCGUGAGUCCCUAUGUGUGUGAGUGUAUGUGUGUUUUUUCGGGAAAGCAACGCGCGGCAAAACACACUCCUGCCCGAAAAAAUAUUGUCCAAACUCUUAACCGUCCAAAACCGGACCGACGACGGUAAGGUAAGGUGACGGUCUUUUUCGUGUGUUUCUUCCCUAGUUUCCCCCUUUUGACCGGUACUUGUGCUCCUUGUGCUACUUCGCUGCGCACAAGAUCCUUUGCAAGAGAUGCUGCAAGGAGGUCCUUGCGGAAGCGCCCAACUGGACGCGUAACGUCGAUCGUCUCAAACGUUGCUGCCACAGUUUCCAUUCUGGUGCCGUUGACUAAACACAGCUCAAGCUCGAGGCUCCUUCGGUGGCAACACGAUUUUUCCAUUAUCAUUUGUUUUGUUUAACAUAUUCCUUCAUUUACUCUUGUUUGUCUAUUAAAAUAUUUCAUUUUUAAACACUUCUUUUUUUGUUUAAAUUACCCCGAUUGUUCGUACCGUGAAUGUUUUGUGGUUUUGUUGUUAGUUUUGCUAGUGUUUCUUCUAUUUUGUUCUAGUUUUUGGUGUUUGUGUGUAGUACUUUUACUUUCCUUACUCGUUUUGUUUUAAACGUUUGUGAUCUUUUAAUCGUGUUUUCAACCUCUUUACUCAACCGGUGUUUGUAGUCGUUCUGUGUGUGUCGGUUUGAUCGUGUGUUAAUUGGUUUAUCCUUAAGUUUGUGGCAUGCGGUUGUUGUUUUGUUAGCUAGUGGGUUGAGUUUCUUCCUUGAAACGCACGACCAGUUUUGUUUUUUGGAAAAGCAUUAGCAAUAGGCAAAUUAGCUGUGUGUGUGAUGGAUGCACAAGAUUCACAGGUGCUGCGUACCAUCGAUCCAUCGGGGCAGUGCCCGAAGCCGAAGGAGUCUCCGGCGCCCGGCCCACCGGUGGCGACCCGUGGACGACCGGUACGCUCCCUGGAGGGUAGAAGUGUGUCACGCAAACGGCGGCGUUUAUCGCGCUCAUCCUCCAGCUCUUCGACGGCGUCGUCCUUGGCCAAGGUCAGCCGGCUCGGCGGCGGUGGCCGCCGGGACACGUCCGACCUGGAUGCCGGGUACGAGAACGACGCCGACGACGAUGACGACGACGAAGAUGAGGAUGAGGAGGAUGAGGAGGAUGAGGAAGAGGAAGAGCUGAAAGGCGAUGAGGACGCAACGGGAUGUGAGGAAGAGGACAAAGGCGGCAUAAAACCAGAGCAGCACGUAUUCCCCACGGACGCGCCAUCCCUCCAGAACGCUCCCGGUGUUGGUGUGCGUGCGUCGGCGUCUGGCCCUGACGGUGGUUGCGGUGAGAAAAAUGGUGAAAAAUCCACACCAAGCGAAACAGCUGAUUUGAAUGCGCCACGACAGCAGCGGCAGCACCAACACCAGCAACAUCCGGCCAACUACCAACACUAUCACCAGCAGCAGCAACUCCCACACCAGCAGCUACGUCACGGCAAGCGGCUAGCCAAAUACGACUACACACGUGAUCAGAUGUUUGAAAUAUUUCAACCAUGGGUUAUACGUACGUACGGCGAUCGGGCCAAGACGAAGACGAUUACGCUGAAGAAGCAGGCCCGUAUCAUCAAGACGCUGCGCGGGCUGGAGAUGAACAAUCCGGACAGCUCCAAAUUUCGAUUCUGGGUGAAAACGAAGGGGUUCACCACCUCCAAGCCGGGAGACUUUCAGGACAUGUUUACUCAUCAGAAUAUCCCCGAAAACGAUGGCUGCAUGCUGUACGCUCCCAGUGGUGGCUUGGAACCUGGCCAGCCGUACAAGAAGGUGGCCGUUGUGGAGAACUUUUUCGACAUCAUCUAUGGCGUACAUGUGUCGCUCGGUAGCCGCGCGACCAGACAUGCCGGUCAGAAGCGAACCUACCGUACGAUUACAGAAACGUACGCCUUUUUACCGCGGGAAGCCGUCACCAAGUUCCUGUCACUGUGCAGUCAGUGCUCCAAGCUUACCACCAAGGUGUACCUGUCAAAAUCCGAGCCCAGGAUGGAGCCACGCAACGACGACACGGUGCCGCCGAGUGAACGAAUCCCCCGACCGAGCGAGGACGCGGCAUUGCAGUGUAGCAAAACCACCGACCGAAGCCAAUCCUCCCUUCGGUACUACGAGCUGCUGAAGAAUCUGUACGAAAAUGGCAAAUCUAACCGAUUGCGCAGUGGUGGAGCUGUGACACCGGCACAGCUAACCACAGACGAUGUGGAGAACGGGAAGCCCCAGAUCGUGCGGGCUGUGUCGCGACCCAACAGUGCCGUUAGUGAAGUGUUGUCUAGUGAUCGAGCAGCAGCAGCAGCAGGUGGUGGUGGUAAUGAGCUCAGUGUUACAGUGUGUGCAAGUGAACGGAACGGAUCGCGGGAACAUCUUCCGGCGGUGGGAUUAAACAAUAAUAACCGCAGUGAAAAAGGUGACGACGGGAAGCGACGACGACGCCGUACCGUACCCAUCGCCGCGACGUACCUGGACGUGACGAGAAGCUUCGGGCUGGCGGACGACGAUGCGUUGAAUGUGGAUUCCAUAUCCAUGCCGUUCAACAGUGAGACGACGGAAAACAAUGGAAGCACGGCCAACACGCCCAGUGAGGAUGCGUAUGCCGGUUUAAUCAAAGAUGCGGACAAGUUCAAGCUGAUGCUACUGGCGUGGAAUUACCAGAACUCGGCGGCAGGUAAAUCACAAAACGGAGGCGAAGGACCGGACCUGGCGACGAUGACGAACCUGUGGCAGCAGUACCAGAACGCGCUGGCGAUGACGGGCAAGACGAGCUUCAACCAACUGCCGGUAAGUGAGCGUCAAUCGUCCCCAAUCGAACAGCAGCAGGACGAGACGAACUCGUCCGAGCAGAAGGACGAGGACGAUCUGUCCGAGGACGACUCGGAGGAUCGGCUCGAGGCGACGGUGAACGAUCCGGAGCGGCUGAAAGCGUUCAACAUGUUCGUGCGGCUGUUCGUGGACGAAAACCUCGACCGUAUCAUACCGAUCUCGAAGCAGCCGAAGGAAAAGAUACAAGCGAUUAUCGACUCCUGCACGCGCCAGUUCCCGGAGUUUGCCGAGCGGGCCCGGAAGCGCAUCCGCACCUACCUGAAGUCGUGCCGGCGGAACAAGAAGACGCGCGAGGGCUGGGAGAACACGUCCCGCCCCACGCCGGCCCACCUCACGUCGGUGCAGGCGGAACAGAUACUGGCCGUGGCGUGCGAGAACGAGAGUCUCAAUGCGAAGCGCAUGCGCAUCGGGCUGGAGCCGAUCAGCCAGACGGUCAGUCAACCGGCGGCGGUAAGUUUUAUGACGUCGGCCGAGUCCCCGACGGCAGUGCCGACCAUGUACCAGACCCUAGCGAACCGCGAACAGGAAUCGACCUCCGUGUCUACGAUCAAAAGUGAACCGAUGACGAGCGUGCCGAAGAUAUCGCCCGUUCCCAGCACACCGACCCCGGACAUGAACCAGAUGAAGCUCAACAUACCCAGUGCGAGUGCCAGCUCGACGCCCACCAUCCCGACGACCGUACCCACCAUCUCGAACUUUCACGACUACAACACCGGCUUCUCGAACCGCUCCCAGCACUACCAGAACUUUAUGAACUCGGUCAACAACAGCAGUAGCACGAGCAGCGGUGCCACGACCAACACGACCAUGUCCGCUGCCGGCACCGCCGCCCCUACCGAUCUGUCGAUGAAGCGACCGAUACUGGCCCACAAGCUAAACAGUGCGGAGAUUACCGCGGUGAAGCAGCUCGUCACCGGCUACCGGGAGUCGGCCGCCUUCCUAAUGCGCAGUGCCGACGAGCUGGAAAACUUGCUGCUCCAGCAACAGUAAGGCAGCGAGCGGAGGGGAAGAAAGAGAAGAAGAAAACGUUGAUAUUUAUGUGUGUGUGUCUGUGUGUGUUACGGUGUGUUCCAGCACAAAUUGUAAAAAAAACAAACAAAUUAAACGCAGAGCCUAGCGUGUAGGCACGCUAGAACGGAAACUUUUUAAGGAAUUUCAGGAAAAUAAAUGUGAACCAACAAAAAAAA